CGAGCUUUGUUCAUGCUGUAUGCUGCAAACUGUGGGGCAUGGGCCAAGAAUAUGAACACGAGAUCGGAAGUAGCUCUGUCAGCUCUGCCGCUGUGCGAGUGUGCUUUUACCACGAUUAACACGUUUUGUCUGGGUGAGUUCAUUUUCAUGCAUCGGACGUGAAAGCAAGCGGGUAAAAGUGCACAUCUCUUUAAGUCGACGAGAGCAAACGGUUUGUCACAAACACACAAGCUUUCGUCCCAUCGCUCUCUGUCGGCGACUCGGCGCCACGGAAGGAGAAGAGGAAGAACCCUUUAAGAACCUCAGAGCACCAUUCUGGGUCUCUUCCCUCCACAUCGCUCGCUGCUCCAGCAAAAUCUUCAGAGCAUCAAUGUUCUGGCUUCUCUCUGUCUGCCUCUGAUUUCGCGUACUCGUCAUCGCCUUGCUGAUGAAAAUGUCCGCUCCUAUGAAUAUACUCGACAGGAGUCGCUGCGAAAAUUCCUUGCGGCUUGGCCUUGCUUCGGAAUUUUGCUGAGAGUUGUCGACCUGGUACUUACAUGCUUCAGCAGGACGAGAAAGACCAGUGCCUGCGCUUUCUACUCUGAUCUUCGACGGACGAGGGAGUUUCAGAGUCCGAUGAACUGGGGUCAAUGUGGACAUCUGAGGAAAGAGAAUCAUGAAUAGCUGCGAGCGACUCGGUCAAAACUUGACUGGGCAGUGGUUGUUCUUUCAUUGUUGAAGGACGUGCUGUAGAUAAUCAGCUAGCUGCCUCAUUGUUCAUUCAAAUUUAGUCAACCGCGACCAAUAACUAUCUGACUCUACCUCGAAAAUCAAAACGGGAGCAGCAGGCACGACCCGAGUUUAAUUCAUCCAAGAACGAAGAGAGUUGGAUCCAAUGGCCGAAAGACUGGUAGCGGAUUACCGUAGAAUCGCCGUGAAGGGCAUCACCGCACUGGAGCAGGCCGGGCGCCAUACAAUUCGAGUAUUUGCUCAGAUCGAAGGACUCUGCAAGCAGAGUAUGGCUACGCAAGGCGAGGCCGUUUGUUGCUACAUCUUCGUGGAGGAUGCAUGCGAAACAGGAUGUGCCACAGCAUGCGAGAGGGCAAGCCGGAGUGCCAAUUUCCCUUCUGCGCAGCAAGACUGCAGAGAAGCUUGCCUGCAGGCGUGCACACGGCCGGAUCCAUCUGGAAGGUUCAGCACCAUCGUCAUAAACAAUUAGCCCGCUCAUGUCCGGCAAUUGUUUCUUUCAAUCGAGCAGGGAAAGAGGAGCAGCCGAGACGACAAUCUUCUGAUUUGAACUCUAGUGAUUUUUUUCAGUUAUUGAAAAACCAUCAAAUGACGUUUUCGACAGCUAUGUGGGCUCUUUUGUGAUUCAGAGUUCGAGUAGUACGACCUAAGCAUUGUCCGGACAACGAAUUCGGAUGUGGGUUCUCGUGAAAUUCGAGCAAAUGAGAUCGCGCUUCCUAGGUAGGUUUGUACAUAGAUCAUGAGAAUUUGACGAAUUUUCGAUUUAGGUGAAGUCAGGUUGGUUGUGAAGUUAGGUGUAGAAAACUUUAGGUCGGAGGCCGUGUACUAUAAGAAAUUGCACACUUCGGUGUUUGGACCUCAGACGAUCUCCUAAGCGAUUAGCCUGUGGCAGAUGAGACGAAGAAUCAAAGAUGGCUUUGUUGAUUUGGACGUGUCUUCACCGCAUGCGAUUGUACCUUGACACUUCAAUUGUUUUGAUAAAGGAUGUUAUGUCG